AUGGAAUCUGUCCUUGGAAAUUUGGUUCAAUCCGGUGAUUUGUCCGAAAAUACAAUUAAUUCAAAUCUUGAGUGGAUCAACGUGAAUGAAAAUAACUUUCGAUCGUCUCAAAGUUUUGCUGUUAAAGGUCUUUCCUCAAAAAAACCUUAUGAUUUUUCGAUUUCUCGUACUUUGCCACCUUCAAAUUCAAAAACUUCCGCAAGUCCUGUGAAGCAUAAUAAAUCUCUUCGUGAUCAUGACUGCGAUACUGAUGAUGUUUUAUCGAGUGAUGACCCUACUUGUGAUUUAACUGAUAAAUUAGGUCAACUUACAAUUGACGAUGAAGGUCAUACAAGAUAUUUCGGUUAUAGUUCUGGAUAUUUCUCUUAUAUAAAAAUUUUUAGAGUAACUUCUGAUGCUGAAUUUCUGCAUAUUCCUAAUUAUAAUAUCCGAUUUUCUUCUGUAAAAUACGCUACUCAAAAGGCGAUAUCGGAACUUCCUCCGAAAGAAUUAUGCAAUCAACUAUUAGAUGUUUUCUGGACAUAUGUUCAUCCUUACCAUAUUUUCAUUGACAAGUUGGAUUUUAUGGAAAAAUAUAAUAACUUGGAAAACAAUUUUACCACGAUUAUCCUUCUCUAUGCUAUGUUCGCGAUCGCUUCCCGGAUACUUGACAUUCCAGAUGUUCAUCAGAAUCCCAAUGAUCCAUCUAGUAUUGAUUGCGACGUUGACUACCCUACUCCUGGUAUAUUCCCUGAAGAGCCACGACAAUAUGUUGAAAAAUGGAUCGAAGGGAUAAAGAUAAUGUUAAUACUUGGACGUGUGUCUAGACAAACCUUGGAUGCCAAUAAUGAUGCUGUAUUAUCUUCAUUGGAUGCUGAGUUAAACGAAUGGCGUGAAAAUCUUCCAUCUGAUCUUCAAUACGAUUCAGCUGCUCCAUAUAAUAUGAUUGACAGUCGACAGUUGCUCAUUCAUGUUUUGUAUUAUACAUGUCAAAUUCUCUUGCAUCGUCCUUAUAUUCGUGGUCCAAAAUCAAAAGCAAUUUCAUCUCUAACUAAAUGUACCAUGGCCGCAAAUAACGUUACACAUAUCUCACACCGUUUGAUGAAAAUGGGGCUACUUAAAUCUUCAUGGACUUAUUUAAUUUAUCCUUUUCUCACGGCUUCUGUUAUGCACAUUAUUAAUAUUCUUAGCGAUGAUGAUCGAUUCAAAGAAGUUGCAAAGCAUGGCAUUAGAAUGACUUUGAGUUGUUUAAAUCAUACAAAACAUAUUUGGCAAAAAGCUGAAAAAUGUGGUCGUUUAAUUAUAGGCUUAUUGAGGGCUAAAAACAUUUAUAUUGAUGGUAUUGAUGAUUUUUUAGAUAAUAGUGGAACGGAAAGAACUCCUUCUGACGGCCAAUAUUCAAGGUUUAAAGAUAAGGAUCUUACUGAGUCCGAUAAGUCAUAUACUACCUUUUCUCCGUCUCAGGUACCAUCGCAAUUGGAAGGAAUACCUGCCUCAAUUCAAACUGCAAUGAAAAAUCAGCAUAUCGUUAACCAACCUACUUCGACUGUUGGUGGUGUCAAAGAUUGCAAUAAUUCGCCUUUGUCGUCUUUAACGAGUUAUGAUCGAAUUUCUUCGCCAGAAUCCACUUCUAACUCAAGAUUUAUGCGAUUGAAUGAUUUUUCCAUGAACGUAAAUAAUGUAAAUAAUGGAUUAUUUUCUCAGAAUGCUGAUUCUUUCGCUUCGGAUGUGUCACCACUUUUAUUUGGCGAUAAUGAUGAUUCGGUUAGUGAAAAUAAUUCUUUCUUACCAUUUCCUUCUACAAAUGAUUUAAAUGAAUGGACUAAUUGGACGAAAUACAUGAUAAGAUUACAAACUAUGUUUGCUUCAAUGACUAGUCCUCCAAAUAGAGCGGAUUAUAAUAAGUGA